AUGUUAAUAAUAAUAAUAAUACUAGCAAUAAUAAUAGAUUUGUCAAAUCUAAUAUAUUUUACUUCGCUGUCACCAUCUGUAACAAACGUAUCACUAUUAUUGUCAUCAUCAUCAUCAUCAUCAUCAUCAUCAUCAUCAUCAUCAUCAUCAUCAUCAUCAUCAUCAUCAUCAUCAUCAUCAUCAUCAUCAUCAUCAUCAUCAUCAUCAUCAUCAUCAUCAUCAUCAUCAUCAUCAUCAUCAUCAUCAUCAUCAUCAUCAUCAUCAUCAUCAUCAUCAUCAUCAUCAUCAUCAUCAUCAUCAUCAUCAUCAUCAUCAUCAUCAUCAUCAUCAUCAUCAUCAUCAUCAUCAUCAUCAUCAUCAUCAUCAUCAUCAUCAUCAUCAUCAUCAUCAUCAUCAUCAUCAUCAUCAUCAUCAUCAUCAUCAUCAUCAUCAUCAUCAUCAUCAUCAUCAUCAUCAUCAUCAUCAUCAUCAUCAUCAUCAUCAUCAUCAUCAUCAUCAUCAUCAUCAUCAUCAUCAUCAUCAUCAUCAUCAUCAUCAUCAUCAUCAUCAUCAUCAUCAUCAUCAUCAUCAUCAUCAUCAUCAUCAUCAUCAUCAUCAUCAUCAUCAUCAUCAUCAUCAUCAUCAUCAUCAUCAUCAUCAUCAUCAUCAUCAUCAUCAUCAUCAUCAUCAUCAUCAUCAUCAUCAUCAUCAUCAUCAUCAUCAUCAUCAUCAUCAUCAUCAUCAUCAUCAUCAUCAUCAUCAUCAUCAUCAUCAUCAUCAUCAUCAUCAUCAUCAUCAUCAUCAUCAUCAUCAUCAUCAUCAUCAUCAUCAUCAUCAUCAUCAUCAUCAUCAUCAUCAUCAUCAUCAUCUCUUGUAGUAUCAAGUUUCAGUUUUUCAGUAAAAUAUCCACUACAAGAAUUGUAA